AUGGCAAGCUCCACCUCCCUCCUUCCCCUUCUCGUCCCCGCCCCUGCCUCUCGCCACCGUUUCCACACGUCCACGUCCGCAUCCCCCCGCCACCUGCGCCCAUCCCCUGCUCCUCGCCUCCUCCGCGCUGCCCGGCGUCGUCACUCCGACGCCGUCGUUGUCGUCCCAGAUGCCCGCCCCUGGGUCGGCGAUCUCUCGGGCGCCGCCGCGUCCUACCGGGACGGAAGCGAGGAGGACGAAGACGACGCAGAUGAAGAGGAGGACGAAGACGAGGACCGCAGCCUGGACCUACUGGCCCGGUUCCUGCACUCCGUGUUCAGGAAGGCCUCCCGCCGCGCGCGCCGCGCUGCCAGGUCCGUGCUGCCGCCUUCCGUCCCUGCCGAGCUGGUGAAGUUUUCGGUCAAUGGCGUGCUGGUCCUGACGUCCUUAUGGAUCCUGAAGGGUCUUCUCGAGGUGGUCUGCACAUUUGGAAGCAUGGUGUUUGCAAGCAUCCUUCUUGUUCGUGGUAUAUGGUCUGGGGUGACAUACAUCAGAGAAAACCGUUACAGCUAUAUUCACCGGAUCGACAACGAUGAGAACCGAUGGAGCAGAGUGCAGACUGCUGGUUGA